AAUGUCAAUAAUAUUCAUUCUUAUAUCCUUACUUUAUUUAACAUAAUAGAUUUCCUUUAUAGGUUAGACUGCUACAGGUAAGUUAUAAUUAAACUAGUUUAGAACGAUAUUUUCCAAAAAUCAUGAAUUGGAUAAAGAAAUAAGACUAAGGAAUAGAUCAAAGAGUCGCUUUUGAAUCGAUAUAGUUGAUGUUUAAAUUUGUGGAAGAAGAACUUACUUAUGAAAAAGAAAAUAACGAAUUCUUGGAGACAUUCGAGCAAUAGGUAAAUAUAUUUAUUCCAAUUUUUAGAUUUAUAAUCUCUGUUAAUCUAAAGUAGAAUAUGAACUAGAAAGUUAUUAACAAAUGAUUAAAUUCUUAAAUGAAGAUCUUAAAAAUGAUGUCAAUUACUUCAAAAAUAUGAUCAAAGACAAAGAAAAGAUGUUGGAGUAAGAUAUCAAAGAAAUUGAAAAAUUAAAAAAAUAAACCAAAGAUAAGAGUAAAGUUGAAUAAAAGCUCAGAGAAAUUAGUUAUCUGAUUAAAGAAAUAGAUAAGAAUUUAGAAAUUGGCACUGCAGAAAAAUUAUAUGGAUUACUUGAAAUAAUAGAGUCUAAAGCAGUUAUUGGAUUAUUUCAAUAUUAAAAUGAAUAUUAAGAAAUUUAAUAGUACUUAAAAAAUGUGGAUUUGCUCUUUAAAUCAAGAAAUUUUUAGUAAGAUUAAGUAAUUUUAUCAUAAAUUCUAAUUUAGUUUGAAAUUAUAAACUUAAUUUCUAUGGUGAAAAAUGUUCUAUAAGACUUACAUUUAAACAUAAUUGUUAAAUUAUAGGAAGAAUAAUUAGAUGAAUUUGAAGCAAUGUCCUUUUUUGAAAAUAGUAAAGUUACUCAUCAAAUUGCAAGGGAUUACUUUUAAAAUGAACUUCAUUAAUUUUUAGGUAUUAGUAAUAAAUUUAAAAGAAACUUUAAUAAUCAAAUGGGAAAAUCUCAUAUUGAUUUAAUAGAAUACAAACGAAAAUUCAGAAAUAUUUAGAAAUCUGAUUUAACAACUUAAGAAAUAAAAUACUAAAAUUAUUGAAACCAACAAUCAUAGCCUUCAAUUAGUUAAUUUCUCAAUUAAACAUUUGGAAUAAGACUUUUUAGAAUAAAUAAAAAGACAAUGA